AUGAAGAUUAACAUCUAUGCUUCAUGUGGUUUGUGGAAAUCGUCGAUGAACAAUGGAUGGGGAUUUCUUGUUGAUGAAGAAAAAGGAGACAAGUUACUUACUUUGGACACAAGUUCAAGCUUUGAAAACCUAAAGGUUAUGGUGUGUGAAGACUUUGGAAUUGAUGUAAACAUGGUCAAUAUAGAGCUGAGUUAUUUACCUUCCGAUUUGAUCAAUAGCAUCAACUCACCACCCGUUAUCAUCACCAGUGAUCAGCAAGUUAGAAAUUUUUUUACAUAUGUAAAGAACAAAGCUUCGACGCAGUUGUGUGUGAGCACUCAAGCCCCUAACAUAGCAGAAGAAGGUACUGAGUCGCCUAACAGAGAGGAAGAGCCUAUGGAGUCUGACGAUUCAGGUGAUAUGGAGUCUGACGAUGCAGCUGAUAUGGAUUCAGAAGAAGAUAUUGAGGUACCUGUCAGUGAAGAUGACAAAAAGUGUGACAAAGAGAAGAUCAAUGAAGAUAUUGUUCGCUUCUCUUUGGUGGAUGUUGUGAAGAAGGGUCAAUCUUUUAGUUCCAAAACACUUUUGAAGGCAGCAUUCGAAAUAUGUGCAAUGAAACGUAAUUUCGACUACGUGGUUGCCAGAUCGGAUAAAAAAGUGUGGUACAUUCGUUGCUCAGAUGAUGAUUGCAGCUGGCGUGUUCGUGCAGAGGGAUUAACAGGGUCAUCAUAUUUUAUCAUCAAAAAGUAUGUACCUGGUCAUUCAUGUGCUGCAUCCAAUAGGAAGGGUUCUGUUAGGACAGUUUCAGCUAAAACAGUGGCUACUCUGAUUAUGCAUAAGUAUGAAAAUGCUAAAGAAGGGCCGAGAUCGAAUGAUAUAAUCCAGUAUAUGCGUAUGGUACAUGGAUUUGAGAUAUCCUAUUCUUUGGCGUGGGAUGCACGUGAAUAUGCAAUCAACGUAGUGAAAGUUAUUGUGGUGGAUGGGACGUUUUUGAAGAGCAAAUACAAAGGAGUAUUACUAGUUGCUACUGCAUUAGAUGGAAACUCGAGUUUAUAUCCUAUUGCCUUUGGAGUUGUCCACUCAGAGAAUGACCUCGGGUGGAACUGGUUUAUGAGACAACUUAAUGUGGUCAUUGCUGACGACCAUAGUUUAGCUUUUGUGUCUGAUAGGAAUUCCUCAAUUGCUAAAGCUAUUGCGAGAGUGUACCCGCAAGCUCAUCAUGGAAUUUGCAUUCACCACUUGCUGAAUAAUGUUGUAACAUAUUUCAGCGGGAAAGGUGUGGCUGGUUUGGUUGCAAAGGCUUCUAAAGCUUAUCGAGCUGCUGAUUUUCGUAGGGUGUUCACUGCUAUUUUAGCUAUUAGUCCUGAAAUUGGAAAUUAUCUCAAAGAUGCCGAUGUGAGGAAGUGGACUCGUUGUCAGUUUCCGGGUUACAGAUAUGAUAUUAGGACUACUAACCCUGCGGAGUCAAUAAAUGCUGCUUUGCGUACGCCUAGAGAGUUUCCAGUGAUACCUUUGUUGGACAGCAUUAGGGAAAUGAUGACUCGAUGGUUUUUCAAACGUAGAACUUUAAGUUCUAAGCAUCCGAAGCCACUGACCAUUGCUGUGGAGAAGAAGAUUGACAGAAGGAUUGAGAAGGGUAAAACGUUUAAGGUGUUUCCAGUUAGCGAUCAUAGGUUUUUAGUUCAAGGUGACACUUUCGACUGCUCAGUUGACUUGGUCAGACGCACGUGUUCUUGUGGGAAAUUUGAUCUGAUGAAAAUCCCAUGCAGGCACGCUAUAAAAGCAGGCUUCAGUGUUGGAAUAAGACCACACACACUAACAGAUGACAUUUACGCUACUGCCUCAUGGCGCUCGGCUUAUGAAGAAAGCAUAAAUCCUAUUAGUGUCCCCGAAGAUGCAUGGAAAGUUCCAUCUCAUGUGGAGAAGUCUAAAAUCCUUCCUCCAGAGAGUAGACGAGCUGCGGGUAGGAGAAAGAAACGCAGAUACGAGACAGCCGAAGAUAAGAUCCGUUCGUCACAAGGAACUAAAGGCUCUACAGUUCAGAAAUGCAGUCGAUGUGGGAUUGAAGAUAUGUUUCAGAGACUAUGUGUUUCUUUCUUCUCGUUUUAUGCAAGUAAUGUUUCAGUUUUUUCAUGUUGA